AAAAACGGAGAAAAAAAAACAAAAAUCCAUUGAAGAAAAAAAAAAUGGGAGCAUUUUGCAAGUUGAUCGAUGCAUUUCUCUUCUUAUACUUUGCUCUAAUGGCGAUCAUUGCGCCGCUCAUCGACAGUCAAAUAAGUCUUCCCGGCGAUAUCUUCCCGGCGUUUCUCGUCGAUCUGAAUCGUUGGUACAUCGAUGAAUUUGGAGAUUAUCUAGCCAAGGAGAAGCCGCAUUUCCUCGUCGGACUCAUCUGGCACGAGCUUCUGCUUCUUUGGCCGCUCUCGAUCGUCAACGUCUACGCAAUUCUCGCCGGGAAAUCUUGGUUCGGUACCACCUCAAUGGUGUACGGAGCUUCCGUCGUGACUUCUAUGGCUGCUAUACUGGGAGAGAUGAUAGGUUCGGGGAAGGCAUCUGAGAAAUUGUUGAUGAUGCAUGUGCCAUUCAUGGGUGUUGGUAUUCUAGCUCUUCUUCGUGGUCUUCUUUCUCAAUCCAGCAAAAGCGGUGGAGCUGAUGGCAAGAGACCUGCUAUUUUGGCCAGGAGAAAGCGCGCUUGAGGUAGUACUGAUCAAGCAUGUGACUUUUCUAUUUUGUCUCAGAGAAUUUCUGCUUGAUUGGAUUUGGCUUUCAACUUUUCAAUGAGACUUUUGUUUUAGCAAUAUCAACAAGUUCACUUCACCAAAGAGUUUACAUUGGGUCUUGACAAAUCACAACCCAAGACAGGUUUUUAUCAGCUCAGAUUUUUUUGUCUUGUUGUGAAGUUUUGAUAAAUCAAACUCCAGAAA